CAAGUGACAGAGGACUUUCUGGGGCAUGCCAUCAAGUGAAGGCAUUCCUAGGCACAGCCUGAGCUGGGGAAGUGGGCUCCUGGCUCCCUGCUGGCAGCUGCCCUGCCCUCUCACUGGGUUGGCCAGCGUAGCACGUGGGGAAACAGGACUGGGUUCCCAGCAGGCUCUGAGACCCAGGUACCCUGAGGUUCCCCAGGAGGCUCCCGUGUGCCCUGCCAGCCCACUGUGUGCCACCCUCUUAGGCUCCAGAAGCAGCGCCAGAACCUGCUAUGGACUUCCUGCUCCUGCUCCUCCUCCUGGCUUCAUCUGCUCUAGCAGGCCUGGCCUCGUGGACGGUUUCCAGCCCCGAGACCGUGCAGGGCAUCAAGGGCUCCUGCCUCAUCAUCCCCUGCACCUUCGGCUUCCCGGCCAACGUGGAGGUGCCCCAUGGCAUCACAGCCAUCUGGUACUAUGACUACUCAGGCAAGCGCCUGGUAGUGAGCCACUCCAGGAACCCAAAGGUGGUGGAGAACCACUUCCAAGGCCGGGCCCUGCUGUUGGGGCAGGUUGAGCAGAGGACGUGCAGCCUGCUGCUGAAGGACCUGCAGCCCCAGGACUCGGGCUCCUAUAACUUCCGCUUUGAGAUCAGCGAGGGCAACCGCUGGUCAGAUGUCAAAGGCACAGUUGUCACCGUGACAGAGGUGCCCAGCGUGCCCACCAUUGCCUUGCCAGCCAAGCUGCAUGAGGGCAUGGAGGUGGACUUCAACUGCUCCACUCCCUAUGUGUGCCCGACGGAGCCGGUCAACCUACAGUGGCAAGGCCAGGAUCCCACCCGCUCCGUCACCUCCCACCUCCAGAAGCUUGAGCCCUCGGGCACCAGCCACAUGGAGACCCUGCACAUGGCCCUGUCCUGGCAGGACCAUGGCCGGAUCCUGAGCUGCCAGGUCUCAGCAGCCGAACGCAGGAUGCAGAAGGAGAUUCACCUCCAAGUGCAGUAUGCCCCCAAGGGUGUGGAGAUCCUUUUCAGCCACUCCGGACGGAACGUCCUUCCAGGUGAUCUGGUCACCCUCAGCUGCCAGGUGAAUAGCAGCAACCCUCAGGUCAGUUCCGUGCAGUGGGUCAAGGAUGGGACGAAGCUCAAAGACCAGAAACGUGUACUUCAGUUGCGCCGGGCAGCCUGGGCUGAUGCUGGCGUCUACACCUGCCAAGCCGGGAAUGCCGUGGGCUCUUCAGUCUCACCCCCGGUCAGCCUCCACGUCUUCAUGGCUGAGGUCCAGGUAAGCCCUGUGGGCUCCAUCCUGGAGAACCAGACGGUGACGCUGGCCUGCAAUACACCUAAGGAAGCGCCCAGCGAGCUGCGCUACAGCUGGUACAAGAACCACGCCCUGCUGGAGGGCUCUCACAGCCGCACCCUCCGGCUGCACUCAGUCACCAGGGCGGAUUCGGGCUUCUACUUCUGCGAGGUGCAGAACGCCCGGGGCAGAGAGCGCUCUCCCCCUGUCAGCGUGGUGGUCAGCCACCCACCCCUCACCCCGGACCUAACUGCCUUCCUGGAGACACAGGCGGGGCUGGUGGGCAUCCUCCAAUGCUCUGUGGUCAGCGAGCCCCCAGCUACUCUGGUGUUGUCACACGGGGGCCUCAUCUUGGCCUCUACCUCCGGGGAGGGUGACCACAGCCCACGCUUCAGUGUCGCCUCUGCCCCCAACUCCCUGCGCCUGGAGAUUCAAGACCUGGGGCCAACAGACAGUGGGGAAUACAUGUGCUCAGCCAGCAGUUCUCUUGGGAAUGCGUCCUCCACCCUGGACUUCCAUGCCAAUGCCCGCCUCCUCAUCAGCCCAGCAGCAGAGGUGGUGGAAGGGCAGGCGGUGACACUGAGCUGCAGGAGCAGCCUGAGCCUGAUGCCUGACACCCGUUUUUCCUGGUACCGGAACGGGGCCCUGCUUCUCGAGGGGCCCAGCAGCAGCCUCCUGCUCCCAGCAGCCUCCAGCACAGAUGCCGGCUCAUACCACUGCCGGGCCCAGAGCAGCCACAGCGCCAGUGGGCCCUCCUCACCUGCUGUUCUCACCGUGCUCUACGCCCCACGCCAGCCCGUGUUCACUGCCCAGCUGGACCCUGAUACUGCAGGAGCUGGGGCCGGACGCCAAGGCCUCCUCUUGUGCCGUGUGGACAGCGACCCCCCAGCCCAGCUGCAGCUGCUCCACAGGGGCCGUGUUGUGGCCUCUUCUCUGUCAUGGGGGGGCGGCUGCUGCACCUGCGGAGGCUGUUUCCACCGCAUGAAGGUCACCAAAGCACCCAACCUACUGCGUGUAGAGAUCCGAGACCCGGUGCUGGAGGACGAGGGUGUGUACCUGUGCGAGGCCAGCAGCGCCCUGGGCAACGCCUCCGCCUCUGCAACCUUGGAUGCCCAGGCCACUGUCCUGGUCAUCACACCGUCACACACGCUGCAGGAAGGCAUUGAAGCCAACCUGACUUGCAACGUGAGCCGUGAAGCCAGCGGCCCUGCCAACUUCUCCUGGUUCCGAGAUGGGGCGCUAUGGGCCCAGGGCCCUCUGGACACCGUGACGCUGCUACCUGUGGCCAGAACUGAUGCUGCCCUCUAUGCUUGCCGCAUCGUCACCGAGGCUGGUGCUGGCCUCUCCACCCCUGUGGCCCUGAAUGUGCUCUAUCCCCCCGAUCCUCCAAAGUUGUCAGCCCUCCUGGACGUGGACCAGGGCCACACGGCUGUGUUCGUCUGUACUGUGGACAGUCGCCCUCUUGCCCAGUUGGCCCUGUUCCGUGGGGAACACCUCCUGGCCGCCAGCUCGGCACUCCGGCUCCCCCCUCAUGGCCGCCUCCAGGCCAAAGCCUCGGCCAACUCCUUGCAGCUAGAGGUCCGAGACUUGAGCCUUGGGGACUCUGGCAGCUACCGCUGUGAGGCCACCAACAUCCUUGGAUCAGCCAACACUUCUCUUACCUUCCAGGUCCGAGGAGCCUGGGUCCGGGUGUCACCGUCGCCUGAGCUCCAGGAGGGCCAGGCUGUGGUCCUGAGCUGCCAGGUACCCAUAGGGGUCCUGGAGGGGACCUCAUAUCGUUGGUAUCGGGAUGGCCAGCCCCUCCAGGAGUCCACUUCGGCCACGCUCCGUUUUGCAGCCAUAACUCUGAGCCAGGCUGGAGCCUACCAUUGCCAAGCCCAAGCUCCAGGCUCAGCCACCACGGACCUGGCUGCCCCUGUCAGCCUCCACGUGACCUACGCACCUCGCCAGGCCACACUCACCACCCUGAUGGACUCAGGCCUCGGGCGACUGGGCCUCCUUCUGUGCCGUGUGAACAGUGACCCUCCUGCCCAGCUCCGACUGCUCCAUGGGAGCCGCCUCGUGGCCUCUACUCUACAAGGUGUGGAGGAGCUUGCAGGCAGCUCUCCCCGCCUACAGGUGGCCACAGCCCCCAACACGCUGCGCCUGGAGAUCCACAACGCAGUGCUGGAGGAUGAAGGCGUCUACACCUGCGAGGCCACCAACACCCUGGGUCAGACCUUGGCCUCCGCCGCCUUCGAUGCCCAGGCUAUGAGAGUGCAGGUGUGGCCCAAUGCCACCGUGCAAGAGGGGCAGCUGGUGAACCUGACCUGCCUUGUAUGGACCACGCACCUGGCCCAGCUCACCUACACGUGGUACCGAGACCAGCAGCAGCUCCCAGGUGCUGCCCACUCCAUCCUCCUGCCCAAUGUCACUGUCACAGAUGCCGCCUCCUACCGCUGUGGCAUAUUGAUCCCUGGCCAGGCACUCCGCCUCUCCAGACCUGUCGCCCUGGAUGUCCUCUACGCACCCCGCAGACUGCGCCUGACCCAUCUCUUGGAGAGCCGUGGUGGGCAGCUGGCCGUGGUGCUGUGCACUGUGGACAGUCGCCCAGCUGCCCAGCUGACCCUCAGCCAUGCUGGCCGCCUCCUGGCCUCCUCAACCGCAGCCUCUGUCCCCAACACCCUGCGCCUGGAGCUGUGGGAGCCCCGGCCCAGUGAUGAGGGUCUCUACAGCUGCUCGGCCCGCAGUCCUCUGGGCCAGGCCAACACAUCCCUGGAGCUGCGGCUAGAGGGCGUGCAGGUGGCACUGGCUCCAUUGGCCACUGUGCCGGAGGGGACCCCUGUCACAGUGACCUGUGAAGACCCUGCUGCCCGCCCACCCACUCUCUAUGUCUGGUACCACAACAGCCGUUGGCUGCAGGAGGGGUCGGCUGCCUCCCUCUCGUUUCCAGCGGCUACACGGGCUCACGCGGGCGCCUAUACCUGCCAGGUCCAGGAUGCCCAGGGCACACGCAUCUCCCAGCCCGCAGCACUGCACAUCCUCUAUGCCCCUCGGGAUGCUGUCCUUUCCUCCUUCUGGGACUCAAGGGCCAGCCCUAUGGCCGUGGUACAGUGCACUGUGGACAGCGAGCCACCUGCCGAGAUGACCCUGUCCCGUGAUGGCAAGGUGCUGGCCACCAGCCAUGGGGCCCACGGCUUAGCAGUGGGGACAGGCCAUGUCCAGGUGGCCCGCAACGCCCUGCAGCUGCGGGUGCAGAAUGUGCCCUCACGUGACAAGGACACCUACAUCUGCAUGGCCCGCAACUCCUUGGGCUCAGUCAGCACCAUGGGGCAGCUGCAGCCAGAAGGUGUGCACGUGGUGGCCGAGCCAGGGCUGGAUGUGCCCGAAGGCACAGCGCUGAACCUGAGCUGUCGCUUCCCUAGUGGCCCUGGGCACAUGGGCAACUCCACCUUUGCUUGGUUCCGGAACGGUCGGCAGCUACACACAGAGUCUGUGCCCACCCUUACCUUCACCCAUGUGGCCCGCGCCCAGGCUGGCUUGUACCACUGCCAGGCUGAGCUCCCCGCCGGGGCUGCCACCUCUGCUCCAGUCUUGCUCCGGGUGCUCUACCCUCCCAAGACGCCCACCAUGACUGUUUUUGUGGAGCCCGAGGGUGGCAUCCAGGGCAUUCUGGACUGCCGAGUGGACAGUGAGCCCCUAGCCAGCCUGACCCUCCACCUGGGCAGUCGGCUGGUGGCCUCCAGCCAGCCUCAGGCUGCCCCUGCCAAGCCGCACAUCCGCGUCUCAGCCAGUCCCAAUGCCUUGCGAGUGGACAUGGAGGAGCUGAAGCCCAGUGACCAGGGGGAGUAUGUGUGCUCGGCCUCCAAUGCCCUGGGCUCUGCCUCUGCUGCCACCUACUUCGGAACCAGAGCCCUGCAUCGCCUGCAUCUGUUCCAGCACCUUCUCUGGUUCCUGGGGCUGCUGGCGAGCCUCCUCUUCCUACUGUUGGGCCUGGGGGUCUGGUACGCCUGGAGACGGGGAAAUUUUCACAAGCUGAGAAUGGGUGAAUAUUCAGUAGAGAUGGUAUCUCGGAAGGAAACCACGCAGAUGUCCACUGACCAGGAAGAAGUUACUGGAAUCGGUGAUGAUGCGGGCUCUGUGAACCAGGCGGCAUUUGAUCCUGCCCACCUCUGUGAAAACACACAGUCUGUGAAAAGCACAGUCUGACUUUUUAUGACCUAGCUUCAAACCCCAAGAAAAAUGGGUGUGAAGGUUGGAGGUGAACCCCAAUCUACCCAGGAGGGUGUUGACCCUGGGGGACGCUGAGGAGAAAUGAGUUGAUCAUGUUGUCUUUCUUUUCUCGGGAUCUCAUCUCUCCAUUUAUCUUCCAAUGCACUGCCUCUUCACAUCUUUCUCCUCCCAGCUCACCCUGGACUUUUGGGAUGGAUUAGAAGAAGAGCUUUCUACAUCCUCACAGGCUGGUCAGGGCACUCAGUACUAGCUAGAAUGUAGGCUAGGCUGCUCUAACAAGACCACCCACAGUAAUUUCAAUGUGAGAAAAUUUGUUCUCUUUCUUAAUAAGUCUGGGUAUGUUACGGUGGUUUAAGGUGCUGGAGCUCUGGAUCCUUCUAUCUUCUUUUUCUCCAUCCCUAAAAUGUUGCCUUUGAUUAUGAAGUUCACAAUGACCCCACUGUAUUCUCACUCUCUCCAGCAAGAGGGAAGAAUGGAAGUAAAAGGCAUACCCAUUCCCACUGAAGACACCCCUCAGGAGUUGCACCAGUCAUUUCCACUCAACUUCCUAUUGGCUGGAAUUUAGUCAUUUGGCCAUUUCAAACUGCAAGGGAUUCUGGGAAAUGUAGUUUUUAUUAUAUUUCCAAAGGAAGGGAAGACUCAUCCCUGAGACUUUUGACAGUGAUGAGAAAGUUGCCAGCAGGGUGUUGUCUGUCUCAGUGCCCAUCUGCUGAAGGCCAGGGCGUGUUCCUGGCCAUUCUGGUCAAGGGCUUCCUGGAGGAGGUAGUCCCUCUUACACAUUAAGACUGAGGAAAUCAAGAUGUUUGGUGGUCCCUAAGGAGAAGAAAUGCCAGGCAGUUGGGCUGCCUCAACAGGCAUCUUGUGCCAGAUCUGGCCCCUGGAAGAAGAGGUUUCCCCAUUCCUACACUCACUCUCACCCCCACCCCUAACCCCCAGAGAGUGUGGGGAGCAGACAUGGCAUCAGCAUCUUUGUUUCUGUUCCAAGUGCAUUCCUCUCCAUCAUCAAGUGAGUUCAUAUCCUCUUCCUGGUGGCUUGUGCACUAGGGAUUGUUAAAAUGAACAAGGGUCCCUAAGGAAGAAUAAUGCACCACGGGGAAGUCAGUGCCUGUGAGGAACCAGUCAGGUGUGCUCAUGACUCCCCUGGUAGCCUGGCAGAUGGUGGGAGGAGCAAAGAGCCCGCUGCUGUGGGAUUUGAGUUGAGAAAUGUGCAGAUUCUGGGGAGUUAGCAUAGGAGCUAACAGGUUGGGAAGAAAUUGGAGGCCAGGUGAGCUUUGUGUAGCUGUAGCUGGACCCUUCCUGGGCCCAGAUCCCAUUCUUAUAAGUGCAAAACUCAUCUAAUUGUAUACUUUAAACCGGUUCCUUUUAUGGUAUGGAAUAAAGUUAAUUUAAAAAUCCA